GAGUUAGGGUUAGGGUUAGGGUUACGGUCUGUCCCUGUGUCCUAUACACCAGUAGUUCUUUCUUUGUCCCUGUGUCUAUAUGUUGUUCCCUUCAUCAAUGAAUUUUAUGUAUUUGCAGGGGUCACACCUGAAAACCGAGCGUUGGCCAACGACAAAUUCUCCGGGAGCUCAAAACUGUGUCAAUUAAUCACCAACAAUGGUGAUUCGUGGACGAUUAAAACCAUCACGAGUGUCGGAGAACGAGAAGUUACAUUUAAAAUUGGGGAAGAGUUUGAUUCACAGACCAUUGAUGGUCGUCCUGUGAAGGUUUCCGUGAAGAUAGAUGGAGACACUAUGGUGGAGACUCAGGUUGGAAACGGUGUGGAAUCCAUCAACAAACGGAAUGUCCAGGGUGCAAACAUGGUUAUGGUAAGUUUUGAUACCCCUAUGCACUCUACCUCUUCACUAUGUUUUCCCCCCAUAUCUUUCUCUCUCUUCUCAACCUUUCCCUAAUUCCCUCUCCCCCGU